AUGUUCGCUACGCAACCUCAGCCCGCCUCUACUGCUGGAUCCUGGAUGGAUUAUCUUCAACUGGAUAGUCCUACUGCUGCAGUCAAUUCACACAUUAAUGCAACCAAUGGAGCCCCAUUGCCAUCCAAUCCUGGUCAAUCUCCGCAUUCGGGAUCCUUAGAUAUGGGCAUGUUUGGUUUUGCUAUGCAACCACAAUUUCCAAAGGUUGAACAACAGCCGAGUCAGGCAUCUGCUAUCAACUCUCCUACGACUCUAUCUCGUGGUUUGACUACUGGGUAUGAGGGAAUGAUUGGGUCUCCAGUGACCGCAUAUGGCAUUGCCACACCACCUGCGGUUAAUUCCAAUUUAACUCAACAGUCAGGCCUUGCCAACAUUAAUAACACUUCCAACGUUGGAACCCCAGACCUGUCUUCUGCCGAGCCUACCAUGCCAAACAUUCAGUCCAUGGCUAGCAAUCCUUCCAUAUCUGCUGCAUCUUCGCCAAUUGUAUCAUCACUUGGUUUCCAGCUUGCCCACAGUCACAUUGAUCACAGCUCGCCCCAAAUGCAACUGUCUUUGGCUUUUAGACACCCAUCUCUGUCCAACUCGGCUUCCAACCCUUACUACUACAAUGGUACCAAUCCAUCCACUUCUGCACACGGCCAAAAUACAUUUGAUUUCAACCCCUCCGAGUUUGGCAUGCCUUUAAAUGAAAUCCAGAGUCCCGCAAAUGGUGGCAAUAACAGCAAUAAUACCAGUGCAGCCAACAGUCCCCAGAUUACGGCCAAUGCAAGCCCCGGGUCUGUUUUUGACUCAUUUGCCCAUCCUGCAAUGCAGUUUCAUUUCGACCUAGCGGAUCCUCUUUCAAUGACCUCGUGCCCUUCUCCAUUCUCAACCACAUCUGCCUUGUCUGCCAUGGCUUUUAAUUCUGAUGCGUUUGCCAUGUCGGAAUUUGGGUUUGGUCUUGCUCCCUCCAUUAACUCCAACCCACACCAAUCUCCACAGCAGCAACAGAUGAUUUUAGAACAUGCUGGACUGGGUCAUCCUCAAACAAAUCGAGCCUUGUAUCAAAAAAGGCGAUUUUCCUCGGUUCCUGGUCUGUAUACCAUGAAGCCUCCUACUGGUGCAGAUGUAACCGUUGCUGCUGCUGUCGCUGGUGCUGUGCUGAAUUCUGGCGGAGCCGGAAAAGUAGUUAAAACACGUCCACGUUCAAAAUCGCACAACUCGCAUGCGCAUGGACCUAGUCAUCUCUCAUCUGAAUUGACCAUGUCGUUGGACGGUCAAUCGCCUUUUUCGCUUGUUUCAUCCGAGUCGAACCCUUCAUUGAACAUGGAUCCCAAGUAUCCUUAUUCAUUUAUCUCUGAUGGAUCCAUCGAUAAAACUUUGCCGUUUAUGUCGGCACAGCCCUCCAAAAUGAACCCCACCUUGAUCGACCCAAUGCUAAUGAUGGCCACAUCUGCUUCCUCGCCUGACCUUCCUAGUUUUGGUCUAAUACCCAGCAUGAUGAUGCCAUUUUGCGAAGGCAAAACUAGUCCUGCAAUGCAAUAUCAACAGCUUCAGCAACAGGGAAAAUCGUUUACUCACAGUAUGUCGCAGCCCUCACCUGACAUUGGUGCAACUGCCAAUAACCAAAAACUUUCUACUUACAAAUCUGCUGGUCAGACUGGAGCUGCUGCGUCUCGUGUGCAGGGUGCUACCAAAAUCUCCAAAGGUGAUCAGACAUCAUGGAAAUGCUCUUGCGACCAAGUCUUUGAUGACUGGGCACAGUUUCAACUGCAUAGCAAAACCCACAAGGCUGAAAAGUGCCAUAUCUGCGAACAUUGCAAUCGCGGAUUUACUCGUAGGCAAGAUCUUAAACGUCACAAGCUUACUCAUUUUCAGCUGAUAAAACCUUUUCAAUGCACUCAGUGUGGAACUACAUUUACAAGAAACGACGCACUUCAGCGCCAUCUCAAAGCAAAGAGAUGCGGCUAGUCUAGAGCUCCAUGGAUUGAAACUUAUCUUGGCUACUUUGUCUACAUUUGUCGCUUACUUUUUACUAGCCACCAAACCAUAGCCAAGAUAACAACUUGGUUUUAUAGAGGCUUGAUUGUUAUUUUCUCCAUUUUCUUGUAUAUUAAGAAUGCCGUAUUUACGUAAAAUGACACUGGUAUUCAUCUUGCAAUGACUCUAUCUUGCUCCAAAAUAAACAAUGGUUAAAUACUC